ACACGCGAGCUGUAGCCUCAUACCAUCGUCGUCGCCGCCAGCACAGGAGUGGGGCCAAGACGUCUCUCCAACGAGGGGCUAGCGCAGGACCGCGUCAGGCGUCCAAAAGAAGGAAGAUGCCUCGCGGCGACAGAGAAAGCGACUGGAGGGAAAAGGAGCAGUUCCGCAAACUGUUUAUUGGCGGCUUAAGCUUUGAAACAACAGAGGAGAGCUUAAGGAGUUACUAUGAGCAAUGGGGGAAGCUUACAGACUGUGUGGUAAUGAGAGAUCCUGCAAGCAAGAGAUCAAGAGGGUUUGGUUUUGUAACAUUCUCAUCCAUGGCUGAAGUUGAUGCAGCCAUGGCUGCAAGACCUCACACAAUUGAUGGAAGGGUGGUUGAGCCUAAAAGGGCUGUGGCCAGAGAGGAAUCUGGAAAACCUGGUGCUCAUGUUACUGUGAAAAAACUGUUUGUUGGUGGUAUUAAAGAGGAUACUGAAGAGCACCACCUUCGUGACUACUUUGAGGAGUAUGGAAAAAUUGACACUAUUGAAAUCAUUACCGACAGACAGUCUGGUAAAAAGAGAGGGUUUGGAUUUGUCACAUUUGAUGACCAUGAUCCCGUGGAUAAAAUUGUAUUGCAGAAGUAUCACACCAUCAAUGGCCAUAAUGCAGAAGUAAGGAAAGCUCUCUCUAGACAGGAAAUGCAGGAAGUUCAAAAUUCUAGGAGUGGGAGAGGAGGGAACUUCGGUUUUGGUGAUGCGCGUGGAGGUGGUGGCAACUUUGGUCCAGGACCUGGCAGCAAUUUUAGAGGGGGAGCUGAUGGAUAUGGAAGUGGCCGUGGAUUUGGUGAUGGGUAUAAUGGAUAUGGUGGAGGACCUGGAGGUGGCAACUUUGGUGGCAGUCCUGGUUACGGAGGUGGAAGAGGAGGAUAUGGUGGAGGAGGACCUGGAUAUGGCAACCAGGGUGGGGGCUAUGGAGGUGGUUAUGACAACUAUGGAGGAGGCAAUUAUGGAAGUGGAAAUUAUAAUGAUUUUGGAAACUAUAACCAACAACCUUCAAAUUAUGGUCCAAUGAAGAGUGGAAAUUUUGGUGGCAGCAGGAACAUGGGGGGACCAUAUGGUGGAGGGAACUAUGGUCCAGGGGGUAGUGGAGGGAGUGGUGGUUAUGGAGGGAGGAGCCGUUACUGAGUUUCUACAAGCAUGCCAUGGGCUUCACUGUAUAAAUAGGAGAGGAUGAGAGCCCAGAGGUAACAGAACAGCUUCAGGUUAUCGAAAUAACAAUGUUAAGGAAACACUUAUCUCAGUCAUGCAUAAAUAUGCAGUGAUAUGGCAGAAGACACCAGAGCAGAUGCAGAGAGCCAUUUUGUGAAUGGAUUUGGAUUAUUUAAUAACAUUACCUUACUGUGGAGGAAGGAUUGUAAAAAUGCCUUUGAGACAGUUUCUUAGCUUUUUAAUUGUUGUUUCUUUCUAGUGGUCUUUGUAAGUGUAGAAGCAUUCCUUUGAUAAUGUUAAAUUUGUAAGUUUCAGGUGACAUGUGAAACCUUUUUUAAGAUUUUUCUCAAAGUUUUGAAAAGCUAUUAGCCAGGAUCAUGGUGUAAUAAGACAUAACGUUUUCCUUUUAAAAAUUUAAGUGCGUGUGUAGAGUUAAGAAGCUGUUGUACAUUUAUGAUUUAAUAAAAUAAUUCUAAAGGAAAUAUUGUGUAAUUUUAGAUUUUUUUUUAAUACUGUAAAAUAAGGCAAGGAGUGGGUAGUAUAAGGUCCCACAAAUUAUAUAAAGCUAUUGUUGUACAUGUAAAAUUAAAUGCUGGUCAGAAAAUAUGUUGUCUGUAAAUUACCAGGUUUAAAGUAUCUAGAUAACUUAAGGGAUAUCUCUGCAAGGAGAAACACC